AUGCCUCCUUCACGCCAACCCACCAGCCGAUCAGAUGCGGGAAGAUCGCUUCGAGAGAGACUCACUCAGCCUUUGCAGAGCAUCGCCUCCAAACAGCGUGCCCCCUCGCCACAAAGAUACCCCUGGAAAAUCGGCAUUUACAAUGGGGUGACCUGGCCAAAAUUGAAGGCUCACCUCGAAACCUUGUUCCCCGGCACAGAGUUCAAGGAGAGAACGAAGGGAGACUAUUGGAUAGUCAAAGUUCCAGCACCAUCCACAACAGAUCGCAAAAACGAGAUACUACAGCUGAGAGAUGAUAAUCGCGCUAGAGAACCAUCGCUUACGCCCGAGCCCGGAAUGCAUAUCAAAGUUCCAGUCGAGGGAAUGGCAAAUGACCCAUCUUCGGCCCCCGAGGGUGGGGCAGGUGGUGCGCCAUAG